UUCUUAUCUCCAAUACAAAGAAGAAAAGGCUAAUUAAUAGAGAAAGAAUGAUAACGGCUAUGGCUGCAGCAAUUUUCCUAAUUCUUCUUUUUGCUUCUCCAACGGCUUUUGCCAAGGAUAUUAUUGUUGGAGGCAGCAAUGGGUGGAGCCAAUCUGUAGAUUACUCCACUUGGGCAUCUGGUCAAACUUUCAAUGUUGGUGAUAAUCUUGUGUUCAACUAUGGUGGAAGCCAUGGGGUGGACGUAGUAAGUAAAGAUGACUAUGACAACUGCAACACUGGAAAUGCUCUCCAAGCUUUCACUGGUGGCAAGACUAGUAUCCCCCUUUCAAGUGCUGGUGACAUGUACUUCGUUUGUCCUACACUUAAUCACUGUGACACUGGCAUGAAAUUGGCCAUUAAAGUUCAAGGAAGUUCAUCUGGUACAACACCAGCAACUCCCUCUGGAACCAAGUCCAACCCACCUAAUGGUGUGUCUGGUGUUUUUGGCAACAUGAGUAAAUUGGUAGUUGGAUUUUCAGUUGUGGUGGGUGCCUUGUUUGCAUUCAUGGGCUAGGGAAGAGGCAGUGCUAUUUAUGAAUGAGUUCUGUACUUCCUACUUACGUCCUAUUUCAUUUGGGUUCAUCAAUUUGCCGGUUUAUUUCCUUGUUAUUUGUUGAUGAGCAGUAAUUUUGUGUUCAUAUUAUUUUAAGGAAUAAGUCAUUUCUUUCUUCGCCACUUGUGAGACCACACUGGGUAUUAUUCUUGAGUUUGCUUAUUCUUUUAUAUAUAUCUCUAGUACUAUUUGAUUGUUUCUUUCGCA